UCUUUUUCUCCUUCGCUAAUUUAUCUCAGAUUUGUAUUAACUAAUUAGUUUUUUUGUUUAAUUAAAUGUUUAGUUUUUAUUUCGCUUUCGCCACUAAUUCAGUAUUAGCAAAGCUUUCGGAUUAGGAUAUUAUAUCAUUAAUCUAUUAAUAUUUCCUUGUUUUUGGGUUGACUUGUUAAAAUAUUUCAUGUUAAAUUCUUGAGUUAUGAGCAUUUUUAUAGGGAAAUUUUCACUUUGAUACCUCAUAAAUUAGGAAAUUUAAAAUAUAUAUUAUUACAAGUAUUUCAAUGUUGAUUACCAUAUCAAAACAUAUUUCAAAUGUUUUAUUUUGAGUUAUUUAUAAUAAAUUUCUUAACAUUUAAGAUAACUAUUGGGGAAAUUUUACUUAUACACUUUACAUCAUACCACUUUUCACUUAUACCACCACUCAAAGGACAUUUUCAUAAAUAACACAUUCAUUAAUUGGUAAAAGACUAAACUAACCUUAUCUUCACUUCAAUCUAUCGUCUCUUUCUUCUCCACCGUCGUGAUCCUUCUUCUCUCUCCUUUCGGAUUCACCGUCUCUCUCUCCGUCGGAUCCACCGUCUCUCUCUCCGUCAGAUCCGCCGUCUCUCUUUCCGAGAUCCAUCGUCUCUCUCCCUGUGGAGAUCGUUCUUCUCUCUCCGUUGAGAUAUGUCGUCAUCUCCGACGAGAUCCAUCGUCGUCUCCGUUGAGUUCCAUCGUCACUCUCUCUCACGCAUCUAGCGAUAAGCAAUUACGAGAAUCACGAUUCAAAACUUCAAAGAUGUUGGCUCCUCUCCACGAUUCACACUGGAGAGCUUUGUGUUUGGAGCCAGACAAAAACAAACAGUGCAACCUGGCCAUCUGCUUGAUGCGUAUGGGUCGAAUCCCAGAAGCUAAAUCUCUGAUUGAUGCUGUGAGAGAUUCUUCUGCAGAGAUUGAGUUCGGAGAUGAACCGUUCACGAAGUCUUACGACAGAGCCGUUGAGAUGUUAGCAGAAGUGGAAUCUAAAGAUCCAGAAGAUGGUCUUUCGGAUAAGUUCUAUGCGGGAUGUUCAUUUGCAAACGAAACAAUGAAGGAAAACAAAGCUCCUCGGAAUGCAAACAGGAACCACUCGCAUGUUCCUCCUUCUCCAGCAUCUGUUAGACAAACGUGAGAGAGGCUCUGUUGGUCCAAGGAUGGAUGAAACUGGCCCUUAUCUUCCCACUGAGAAGGUUGAUCAAUUGCAAAGUUCUGAUACAAGGGAAAGGAAGGUAGUCUUGCUGCAGCUUGGGUUCUAGCUAAUCUAUAUUAUCUUGCAUGUUAGAAACCUCUUAUAAGGGUUUAUAAAACUAUUUAUAAGAACUUAUAAAUCAUUUAUAAGGUUUUGUAAAUAUAUUUAUAAAAGUUUAUGAAUCUGUAUAUAAGGGUUUAUAAAAAUAUUAUAAGAGUUUAAUAAUCUUCAUACCACAAUUUAUAAGAGUUAAUAAAUCUUUUUCAAGAGUUUAUAAAUCUUUACAAACAUUUAGUAGUAAAAUAUUCAUAAAGCAAGUGUCUAUAAUUCUAAUAUAAAUGUUUGUAAAUUAUUAUAAUAAAUAAAAGAUUAUUUAUAAUGGUUUAUAAAACAAUUAAUAAGACUUUAUAAAAUCAGUCUAUAAAGUUUUUUAAAUAUAUUAUUAAAGUAUAAUUCAUUUAUAAGAGUUUAUAAAAUCAGUUUAUAAGGCUUUAUAAGGAUUAUAAAUAAUUAAUAAAUAUUUAUGAAUAAUUUAUGAAGAUUUAGAAAUCAUUUAUAAACCUUUAUCAAUAGUUCAUAUAUAUUUCUCAUGUGGUGGAAAACAGCAAGAUGAGGCAGCAGAGGU